GUAACUCUGUUUUCUUCUGUUUGAUUCAUUCUUGUAAGUUUUGAGGAGAAAGAAAAGAAGAAACAUUGAGUGUAUAAUGGGGAAUUUGAAAGAGGGUUUCCGAUUCAGUCCGACUGAUGCAGAAGCUGUUACUUUCUUGUUGAGAUUCAUUGCUGGAAAAUUCAUGAAUGAUUCUGGAUUCAUUACCACUCAUGUUGAUACUUACGGUAAACAAGAACCAUGGGAUAUUUACAGUCACGGAGUAGCCUGCUCUAAUGACGACGAGGACAAUGAUUGUAGUCAAUAUCGCUUCUUCAUCACAAAACUCAAGAAAAAAAGCGAGUCGAGAUAUAGUCGUGAUGUGGGAAAUAAGGGAAGUUGGAAACAGCAAGACAAGAGCAAAUCCGUUCGAAGGAAAGGCGGACCAGUUAUUGGAUACAAGAAGAGCAUGUCUUAUAUGAAUAAAGGGUAUAACAAGAAAAAUGGUGAUUGGCUGAUGAAGGAAUACACCCUCCCUGAGUAUCUUCUUGAUAAAUUUGACAAGGAUUGCAGAGAUUAUGUUCUCUGUUCUAUUAAGAAGAGAACUCGCUCCAAAACUCACACUAAAGAAAAAUUGAAGUUGGUGAAUAUUGUUCCUGAAGAGUCCACGAAUUUGGAAGAUCAAAGUUCUGCCACUGUUGGAUCGACUAGUUUUACUGAGGAAUUACAAGGAAGGGGAGUGGAUGCAGGGGAAUAUCUGCCCCAAUUGGAGUUGCAGAAUGAUAUGCACGAGGGGACAAGCAUCUUCGUUGAGACAUUACCAGCUCCUUAUACUUUUGAAGCAACAUCCAUGCUAGAUUUUGAUUAUCAAUAUUUACCUGCUGACUUUGAUUUUCUAAGAAGCAUUACUGCUUGAUUAUGUAAUUAGUAGAAUUCUUGAACAAGUUGUAUAAAUUCGAAUUCUUGCACUUUUAGUGAAUUUGAACAGUCUUGGUUUUCUAUUCUCAAUGAUGUUUGGCCAACAUUUGCCUUGGAUUGUUACUUUAUUAUUU